AUGGAAAAUGAAGCAGAGCCCAAUGGCGAUUACGAUCUCACUAAGCCAAUAACCUCAACCUCGGGUCUGCGCCAGGGCCUAACUUCCUACGGCGAUGCGCAUUUCUCAUUAUUUCUUCGCAAAGUGUUCAUCAAAGCACUCGGAUAUUCUGAAGAUGCGCUCUCGCGUCCGAUAAUUGGCAUCAUUAAUACCUUUUCGGGAUUCAAUCCUUGCCACGCUAAUGUGCCGCAGCUUAUUGAGGCGGCUAAGCGUGGCGUGCAGCUUAAUGGCGGAUUGGCGAUAGAGUUUCCGACCAUAAGUGUUCAUGAAUCCUUUUCGUCUCCGACGAGUAUGUUUUUACGGAAUCUUAUGAGUAUGGAUACGGAAGAAAUGAUCAAAGCGCAGCCAUUAGACGCUUGUAUUAUGAUUGGAGGCUGCGAUAAAACGGUCCCUGCACAGCUUAUGGGCGGAAUAUCUGCCAACAAGCCUAUUCUUCCUCUGAUUACCGGCCCUAUGAUGCCGGGUAGUCACCGUGGCAAGCGAAUUGGCGCAUGCACCGACUGCCGCAAUAACUGGGCCGCAUUCCGAGCCGGCGAGAUUGAUGUCGAGGAAAUCUCAGAAGUUAACGAAGAACUUGCUCCAACGAUUGGCACAUGCGGCGUUAUGGGCACUGCUAGUACUAUGGCCUGUGUGACUGCAGCUCUGGGAAUGAUGCCCCUUCGCGGUGCCUCCGCGCCAGCAGUGUCAUCUGCAAGACUACGCAUCGCUGAAGAGACUGGUGCGAAUGCGGUAGCAGUGGCGAAAUCAUCCACAAAGCCACAGGAAAUUCUGACAAAAGAGUCAUUUUUGAAUGCCAUCACGGUACUCCAGGCUAUCGGAGGGUCUACGAAUGCCGUGGUUCAUAUACUCGCCAUUGCGAACAGACACCCCCAGCUCCAAGGCGUGAUUACCUUGGAUACAUUCGAGGAAAUAGGAAAGAAGACACCGCUGUUGAUUGACUUGAAGCCAAGCGGUGAUAAUUAUAUGAACGACUUCCAUAAUGCGGGGGGUAUGAUGGCACUACUGCAGGUCCUGCGACCAUUACUCCAUCUAUCUGCCAUGACAAUCACUGGAAAAACACUCGGCGAAGUCCUGGACUCAGUACCAACCAAGAAGUUUGCAUUUGAACAGGAUAUUAUCAGGCCGUUGUCAAAUCCUCUCUUUCCCUCGUCAUCUCUGGCCGUUCUACACGGCAAUCUGGCACCCAACGGAGCAGUUCUCAAAGCAUCCGCCUCUAAAGACCGAAACCUACUCAUACACACCGGGUCCGCCGUUGUAUUUGAGAAUUCAGCAGACUUGGCCCUGCGCAUCGAUGAUCCCGCUCUUGAGGUCACGAAGGACAGCGUCCUGGUACUCAAAGGUAUUGGGCCAAUUGGGAACCCCGGCAUGCCCGAAGCUGGACUCAUUCCGAUUCCAAAGAAGCUCGCAUCUACAGGUGUGAAGGAUAUGCUGCGGUUAUCGGAUGGCCGGAUGUCAGGAACUGCAGGAGGAACCAUCAUCCUCCACAUCUCCCCCCGAAGCCGCGGUGCCAGAUUCCCCGUUCGGGAUCGUCGAAACAGGGGACUUGAUUACUUGCGAUAUCGAGAGUCGUCGACUCCACCUGCAUAUUUCCGAUGA